CACCCGGGGGGGCGGAGCACUUCCGCGUCACGUGGAACCUCCCUCUCGAGCCCUCUUCACGCGACCCCCGGGCGCGUCACUUCCUUUCCCGCUCCAGCCGCCAUCAUGGCAACGCAGAUGUCCAAGAAGAAGAAGUUUGUGGCCGAUGGAGUCUUCAAGGCCGAGAUGAACGAGUUCCUGACUCGGGAACUCGCUGAAGAUGGCUACAGCGGCGUGGAGGUGCGCGUCACGCCGACCCGCACGGAGAUCAUCAUCCUCGCCACCAGGACCCAGAAUGUGCUGGGAGAGAAGGGACGUCGCAUCCGCGAGCUCACGUCCGUCAUCCAGAAGCGAUUCAACUUCCCUGAGGGCAGCGUUGAGCUGUACGCGGAGAAGGUGGCGAACCGUGGCCUAUGCGCCAUCGCCCAGUGCGAGUCGCUGCGCUACAAGCUGCUCGGAGGGCUCGCUGUCCGCAGGGCAUGCUAUGGCGUGCUGCGCUUCAUCAUGGAGAGCGGUGCCAAGGGCUGCGAGGUGGUGGUGUCGGGGAAGCUGCGCGGCCAGCGCGCCAAGUCCAUGAAGUUUGUGGACGGCCUCAUGAUCCACAGCGGUGACCCCGUCAACCACUACGUGGACACCGCCAUCCGCCACGUGCUCCUGCGCCAGGGGGUGCUGGGCAUCAAGGUGAAGAUCAUGCUGCCCUGGGACACGACGGGCAAGAUGGGCCCCAAGAAGCCGCUCCCAGACAACGUGAGCAUCGUGGAGCCCAAGGAUGAGGUGCUGCCCACGGGCCCCGUCUCUGAGCAGAAGGGCAGCAAACCUGAGCCCACCAUGCCUGUGGCACAGCCGCCUCCCACGCCAGCCGUGCCCACCGCCUAAGGCCACCUCUGGGGAAGAUAUGGUGGAAGGUUGCUGACAAGGGUGCUGGAGGACGACAGUGACCUGGGAACAGCGCGCACAGUCAUCCGUGUAAAAAAUAAAAGCCGUCUUGAGUUAAACCCA